GGGAAAAAAAAAAAAAAAAGAAAAUCACGGAAGAGAUUGUGUAGUCCUACUAGUUUGGCAAGUUCCCUGAGCCGAGAGCAGCGCGGACAGGCGGAGAAGCGGGCAGAAUCUCCACGUUGUGCACAUUUACACUGCUCUUGUCCCGCGGACGUUACACGAGAGAAGAGUCAUGGAGUCUGCUAUCCAGACCCUGGUGAAGGUCUUCCUGAAGUCGAGCAAGGAAAAGGAGACUCUAGGGAAGAAAGAAUUCCAGGGCCUCGUCAAGUCCCAGCUCAGCAACAUCCUGUCGGACACAGACAGCAAGGAAGCGGUCAACAACAUGCGUCAAAGGCUGGAUGCAGACCAGGACGGCAAGGUUGGCUUUGAGGAGUACAUGAAGCUGGUCGGCUACCUGGCGGUCUCACUCAGCGAGCAGCGUGUCCUCGCUAAGGAGGAGCCGGCCCAAAAUGCAGCCUCCGGACAAGUGGCACAGAGCGCCCCCGACGAAGAGGAGGCGACGCCGGAGGCGAAGGAGGAAGCGAAGCCAGAAGCGAGCGAAGAGGCCAAGGCAGACGCAGCUGCUGGGGUGAAGCUGGAAGCAAAUGCAGGCGGAAAGGUGGAUGUGAAGGCAGAGGUAAAGGAGGAGGGAGUGACGCUGCCUGGGGUCACAACGGAGGAGCUGCCUGCAGCAGCAGUAGCAGCACCAGAGGCGGCGGCGGCGGCGGUAACGGCGGCGGCAGAGGCUCCAGCAGCAGAGGUGGCGGCGGCGGCGGUGGAAGUGGUGGUGGAAGGAGAGGAGAAGGUGGAGGAGGCCGCGGAGAAGGUGGAGGAAGCGGCAGAGAAGGUGGCCGCAGCUGCGGAGGAAGAAGUGGAGAAGAAGACAGAGGAGGCGACCUCAUAGGGGACAAUCCAUUCCUUCACACACACGCACACACACACACACACACACACACAACACACUACACACUCACAUUAGAACACUACACAUACACAUUAACGUUGCCAAAAUACGUUUGUAAGCCACUAAAUAAUAAUUAUUUUUUUAAAUACACACAACUUUGAAAUACAAAGUGUAGGUAAAAGUUCGAACACUACAAAACCCACCUCUGAAGAAACCCACGUUCCUUAAACACGAUAGAUAAUACACGUACGUGACAGUAGAAGUAUCGCUUUGUACUGCUAGUUACCACUAUGUUCAUAUGUACAGCAUGUGCAUCCCACUAUAUAGCACAUUUACCUCAUCAUGAUAUACUAUGAUUGCAUGCAGAAGUACACGAUCGUGUGCAUGCCAGAUCCCUGUGAAAACUGAAAAAAAAAAAAAGUAUGAUUUCCCUGCACAUGAGGCCAAAGUGUCGCUGCAUGUCGACGCACCGCUGCAGCCGAGAGGCUCCGUUCAGAUCACGUCCUCCCCUCACCUUUGACUCUAUCUGGAUCUCUUCCUCCACAGUCUCGCCACGCGGCCCUACAUUGGUUACUGUUCAGUCGUCCGGGCAUAAAAUCACGAGUAUACAUCUUGCUAUAGGUACUAAUGGCUUAAAGGCAUAGUUUGACAUUUUGGGACAGGUGCUUCUCAACUUUCUUGACCAGAUCACUGCGGACGAGGUGUCCGUUGAAUAUAACAGCUGGCAGCUGGUAACGGCGGGGGGGGGGGGGACAGCAUCCCUGCCUCUGUCUAAAGGGAACAAAAAACGUCAACCGGCCCCUUUAAAGCUCACUGCCUUAAUGUGUUUUAUCCGUGCAGUUACAUAUUCCACAAUAUUGUGCGGCCGGCGGGCAGAUUUAGUUUCCUUCAGACAGCAGGGUUAGCCGUUACCUUGUGUUUUCAGCCUUACACUAAGCUAAGCUAACUGGCCAUCGAAUACAGCUUCAUGUUUACCGGACAGACGUUCAAAGUGGUAUCAACCUUCUCGUCCAACUCCUGGAAAGAAAGCAAAUUUAUGUAAAUCCCAAAAUCUUGAACCAUUCCCACCAUGGUUGCAUGAAAAUCUGUCAAGAACACUACAUCAUUAUAAUUUUUUUGUUUUUAAACAUUCUCACCUUUUAACUCCCAGUGCUUUGGAGCUGAUUUGGCAUGACAAUAAACAUAUUGUUUUGCUGAAGCUUUGCAUUCAGCUCAUGUUAAUUGUGUACUCAAUCACACCCUCUUCUCUCUUUCUCUUUUAUUCUACUUCACGGGCUCUCGGUCUCUUAACUUUUUUUUUAAUUCCAUUAUCCCCAGAGAGGUUCACUUCACCCGGGGCCCACGGUAUAUUGUCCUCACGUGCAGUCCGCCAUCUAUUUGGAACUGGAAGAUCGGGCGUGGCCCUUUGCUAAAUAAUUAAGGUCCGAGGAUGGAACCCACACCAAAGGACCCUUACGGUCAAAUGGGAGCCCAAGAUAGUCCCAUGGGGGUGGGAUGGUCACUGGAGGAGCAGGUCAGAGAAGGUGUGCAUGCAACCUAAUCCACCUUGAUUAGAACCGUUGGAGAAGAACAAGAUAACAAACACCAAGAAGCAAAGAACCCCACAACAGGUGUCACCCGGUGGCACUUCUUUUAUCUAAAGUACUUUACGAUGUAGUUAGUGCAUGUUCUUAUUGGAUUUUACAACAGCACUGAGUGAUAGAAACUACACGGCCUUUUUUUUUUAGGCUCCGUUGUAAAUUGUUGAUUGCUGCUUGGUGUUUUCCACUGGUUUUAGCACCAGCUUUUCAAGCGUGUGUGUGUGUGUGUGUUUGUGAGUCACACCCUAAUACAACGCAGAGACCCUGUUUGACGUGCAACUGGAUCCUUGGGUCGCGUUGGGAAACGGCUGGAUCAGGCAUUUGAUGGGAAACACACCCUGGGGAUUACUCCACUGAUCCUGCCCAUCAGACAUAGUGGUAGUGUCAGAGGUUGUGUAAAAAACUAUACUGAGCCAUCGAUAUGAUACUAUACAAACACUGUGGUGUUAUCUUUUUUAUUUUUAUUUUUUUUUUAACAACAGGCUAAAAAUAAGAUGUUGCAUGCUAUCAGAAACGUAUUCGCUAAAUAUAAACCAUUGUAUUACCAUUACUCUGGCCCUGACUUAAGUUCCACGUGGCCUCUUUACAUUUUAUUUUAAACCUAAUCCUUUUCCUUGUUUUGGACCACUACGGAGAUCACUUGAAACAUGGUUCUUUGUCACAUUUGUUAAUUACAAUUUAAUGACGUGUAAAUUGUCUCACCAUCAAUAAUGCAGCCAUGAGAAGGGCUCGUGUUGCAGGAUUGCUAUAUCCACGGUCUACCUGGCCACGUAGUGCUGGAGGCACACAGGCAUUUGGCACACUACCAGAUGUGCACCUGUAACAGCACCAGGCGCUUCAAACUGCUCGGUCAAGACAAAUAAACCGAGUCACGUGGUUCACGCCGGCUCACCGCGACACUCCCAUUGUAAAUACUCAUUUACACUCACUCUGCUCAGCCUUAAUACUCCAUGUUGCCUGCAUGAUCUACGACUAACAAACUUAUUAAGACAUUUUGGGCUAUUUAGACUAUAUUAUUCAAUCUUUUUUUUUUAAUUAAAACCUAUAUUCUUUUUUUUAUAUGAAAUCAUUUUUCUAAUCAUGGUACUUCCUGUGAAUAAUGGAAACAUAUCACUCUUGCACCACCUACAGCCAGUUUCCUGUUCAACACACAGGCAUCGGGCAUUGCAUCUCUUAGUCGUGUGUGUGUGUAUAUAUAUACAUAUACAUACAUGUAUAUGUAUACAUACAUACUGCCAAGCUGCAUACCUUGUUUUCUAUUUCCCAGGCACAUUUAAAGACUGCAGGGGUUUUUUUUAUCACCUCUCUCCUUGUUCGGCCAAUUCGUUUAAAAUGUGAUCUUUGUGUUCUGUCUUCGCUCACAGUCAUCGUUAGCCAAAUUAUGGCAAGAAGAAACUGGAUCCAGCUUAAUUGACUUUACUGUUUUAAAAUUACUUGACUUGCACUACCAGCAGACCUGGGCUAAACAUCAUCUGGAAAUUGUUUUAGCAAAUUUUUUUCUUUCUUUUAAUCCAUUUGGAACAGCAGAUGGACGGAGUGUGCCGCGAGCGCAAAGCUUUCUUUCAGCGAGGUUGAACUGUCUCCUUAAGGCAGUUUUGUUAGUGUCCCAUAGUGCAAACUACGCCCAACCUUAACUCCAUGUAGAUUAAAAACACGCCGUAACCAAAUGCAGCAGAUUUGCAGCAGGGAGUGUUUGCAGCCAGAUUUUCAUCACCGCACAAUAAGUCUCAUUCAUUGAGACACAGUGGACGGACACAAAAGCCUGUGUUAAGAAUCCUCCCAAUGGAUAUAAUAAGUGAACAUACAAGUGUACGGAUGUGCUCCUAAGGCUCAUUUGGUGUUAGUGAUUAAGGGACCAUUCCCAGGAUAUUGUGCAGGCUUCCAUCACUGUACGUUGAAGACCAGACUAGAGGGUGUGCGUGUGUGUUUAGCAGUUGAACUUGUCAGUAAGUUCAGCAAACUCCAUGAUGCUUGUAUUUUAACUUCACAUGUAAUGCUGUAUCAUUUUUGCUUAUUCUUUGUAACAUUUAAUGGCUAAUAUUGAAUAAAACUGUGACGAUACUA